UUUGCCACACAGUGUUCACCCUGCUGGCCUUUCUGCACCAAACAGGGCGCACAUCCAUACUCAGCAAUGUCUGGCGCACCGAGGAGGUCAAAGAUCUCUGCAUCUCGGAAGCUUGGUUUAAAGAUCAGGCUGUUGACGUCAGCCGCAACAAUGCUGGAGAAUGAGAAGGAGGAGAAGAGGCUUGAGCGAGAGAACACCCUGAAUGAGAGAGUCCCCCCUCUUCAGCUGUCAGGACUGUCCAUGCAGCAGCUCCAGGAAAUUUGUAAGGAACUGCACUGUAAAAUUGAUGUUGUCGAUGAAGAACGAUACGACAUUGCAGCUAAAGUGGCCAAAAAUGAGAAAGAGAUUCAGGAAAUGAAUCAGAAGAUCUUUGAGCUGAAGAGUAAGUUGAAGCGACCCAACCUGAAGAGAGUAAGAAUCUCCGCCGAGGCCAUGCUGAGCGUCCUACUGGGCUCCAGACACAAGGAGUCCUUUGACUUCAAGGCCAAUCUCAAGACUGUCAAAAAGGAGGAGGAGAAGAAGGAAGAGGUGACCGAUUGGCGCAAGAAUGUGGAGGCCAUGUCUGGCAUGGAAGGCAGGAAGAAGCUAUUUGAUGCUACCCAGUAAGAGGUUCAGAUUGUUAAAAAUGGAAUUUAAACUUCCUGUUUAGCACAAGUCAAGGCAUAGACAGAGGCAGGUAAAUUAUCAAAUGGUAAUCAAUCCUUUAUUUUACAGCUGCAACACAGUCCACUUCUUCAUGGAUAAUCCCUAUUAUGACAGCAGUGCACAUAUAGUACAUGUACCUGAGAGAUUAGACACUGCCUUCUCUUAAAAAUAUACUGUAGUAAAUACUUCUGUUUAAAGAAGCUAUUGCCUUCUCUUUAUCUUUACAAUCAGAAUUAUGCCAGAUUUUUGAGAAAUCAUACUGUGCACUCAAAAUUAUAAAAUGACCAUGAUGCUGGUUUGGAUUACAUGUAGUUCACCCCUUGGAAAACAGUCCCACCAUUAUACUGAAGAGUUCAUUCAUGGGCCGAAAGGUGAGAUACUCAUUCAGACAAAGAAAUGCAUAACAACAUUCAUUGGCCAACAAUGGCCAAUGAUAAUCACUCAAAGUAAACUGAUCCCAAUAAAAUUUCAUUGGAUCAUAGCAAUGUGCUACCCCUAAAUUCUUUAUGAUAAGAGUUUGAUUCCAGUAU